ACCUCAAUUAGAAACUAUUAACUUGUUUUGCAUCCUCCAUCUGCAAUAUGGCAGAUCUAAACUCGGUGAAAGUGGUUGAGGUUUGCAAAGUAGCACCGCAACCAAGCACGCCGGACUCAUCAGCCAUCCCUGAGUCCCUUCCUCUAACCUUGUUCGACUUGCUCUGGCUAAGAUUUGCACCCGUCCAACGCCUUUUCUUCUAUGAAAUCAAUAACCCUAACUCCUCCGACACCAACUUCACCCAUUCAACACUCAUUCCGAAACUCAAAACCUCACUCUCUCUCACCCUCCAACAAUUUCUGCCUCUAGCCGGAAACGUCAUAUGGCCCAAAGAGUCCCCUAAACCUAUUCUCCGUUACGUCCGAGGCGACGGGGUUUUGCUCACCAUAGCUGAGUCCGAUAAUGAUUUCCACCAUAUAGUUUCAAGCAACAGCUUCAACAUUGAAGCCAAAGAAUACCAUCCUCUCAUACCCCAGAUGCCCGUGUCUCACGAAAAAGCCGCGGCCAUUGCAUUGCAGAUCACCAUAUUUCCUAACCGUGGCUUUUGUAUUGGAACAUCCAUGCACCAUGCAAUCCUAGACGGCAAGACGUCAACCAUGUUUGUGAAAACAUGGGCUCACAUUUGCAAACACGAAGAUUCCAAUUUGUUGCCGGAACAGCUCAAACCUUUUUUCGACAGAAGCGUCAUCAAAGACCCCGCCAACCUAGAAGAGAUCUACGCGAACCAAUUUCGAAACAUGGACCGGCCUGACAACAGAAGUUUGAUGUUUUCCAAGUUUAAAGUUUUAGCGCCGGGUUCAAUUUGUGACACGUUUGUGUUCACACGGGAAAAUAUAGAAGCACUGAGGCAGUUGGUGAAAGAGAAGAAACAACAACACGGUCAUCAAUCGGUUCAACAUUUGUCCACGUUCUGUCUAACAUGUGCGUACAUAUGGAUUUGCUUAAUCAAGGCAGAAGAAAUGCAAGCCAAAAAUGCAGUGAUGGGAUUUACUGUGGACGCUAGGUCUCGGUUAGACCCUCCUAUACCUACAAACUAUGUUGGGAAUUGCUUAGUGCUUCGGUUGGCAGUUGCAGAAACAAAAGCGCUCUUAGGAGGAGAGGGGUUGGUUGUGGCGGUCGAUGCGAUCAGUGAGGCUGUAAAAAGUUUGGACGAUGGGGCUUUGAAUGGGGCUGAGGAUUGGAUUCCAUUAUUGUACUCUGUGGGUACUGAUGAGAGUGUAUUUUCGACUGCCGGUUCACCUCGCUUUGAGAUAUAUGAUACGGAUUUCGGAUGGGGAAGACCGAAGAAGGUCGAGAUUGUUUCCAUAGAAGGGACGGGAGCUAUGUCCAUCUCAGAAUCUAAGGAUGGUGCUGGAGGUCUGGAUAUUGGGUUGGUAAUGAAAAAACAUCACAUGGAAAUUUUUGCUUCUCUCUUUGCUAAAGGCCUUGAAAACCUUUGA